CAAAAAAAAUCAAUAACCGGUACAAAUGAUUUUAGUACAUUAUCCAAAUAUUCAAUGAUCAAUAAAGGUUAUUGUUUGGAUCCAUAUUUGAAAUAUUUUAUCAAUUCGAAUGAUGAUGAUUCGAAAAAUCAACAACGUGCACCAAUUAUUCAUCAUGGUUAUUAUGUUCGUUUUAAAGCAUUGGAAUAUGGAUGGCAAAAAGUAUUAUCUAAUGGUGAUGAACAAAUCAAUAUAAUUAUAUCGUUUGGUGCUGGUUUUGAUACAACUGCAUUUCGUUAUCAAGAUGACCGAAAUAUUUUCAUUGAAAUUGAUCAUCCAGAUGUUUGCCGACGAAAAGCUGAUAUUAUUCGAUUGAAUAUUGAUGAAUUUCCCGAUAUGAAAACAGUGGAGAAUUGCUCUUCCAACGAACAUUUAUAUCUACAAUCAUCUAGAUAUCUAUUAUUCGGUAUUGAUUUACGUCAAUCACCUACGCAAGUGAUAAACAUUUUAUUCGUGAAUGAAAAUCAUUUGUUGAAUAAAAUGAUCGAUAAAGUUGCACAAAACCGACGAUUAAAUUUUAUAUUAUUCAAUGAAUGUUCAUUAUGUUAUAUUGAACAACAAUUUACUGAUCAGCUGAUAGCCAAGAUGAUUGAUUUUAUCACCGAACAAUAUUCCAAUUAUGAUAAUUAUUCCAUACAAUAUCUUGGAUAUGAAAUGUAUGAUUCAUUCGGAAGUGAAAAUGAUUUUAAAAAAUUCAUGUUAAAUCAUUUUGAACAAUUAAAUGCACCAAUACAAACAUUUAUCAAUGAAAAUCAAAUAUGGGAACGUUUUCGUAAGUUGAAUUUCGAACAAAUCAAUUUGAUAAAUAUGAAAAAAUUUUAUCGUGAAUUAUUAUCGAAUGACGAACGUAAACGAAUCAAUCAAAUUGAAAUGUUUGAUGAAUGGGAAGAAUUGGAAAAUGUUUGUCAGGUAUAUUGUCUGGUGAUUUGUAAAAAAUUCAAACCUUCAUCAUCGACAGUAACCACGAAUGAAUCAAACGAUUCGAUGAUCAUAGUAAAUCGACCGGAGAAGGAUGAUAGAUUUUUGGCCAACGCAUUUCCAUUAUUACAAAUAUUUGGUCAUUGUAGUCAUUAUGAUGAUCAUAAUAAUACAAUAAAUAUAUUUGGUGGAUUUGGUAUUGAAUCAAAUCAAAAAUUGGGAAAAAAUCGUGGAAAACAUUGUAGAUUUAAAAGUAUCGUGCAAUUAUCAUUGGAUGAUUCAAAACAACAGAUUAAUAAUAUACAGAUGAUUGAAUCAAAUGAAUCAUCAAAUAUUAAUCGAUUACAUUGUCGUAUUGUUUCAUUAGGGGAUGGUAAACAUUAUCUGCUGUCCGGUGGACGUCGAUCACCAAAUCUAUCAUUAGGUAAUUCAAUUUUAGCAAUCAAUAAUGAUUCGAAACAAUUUGAAUGUAUUGAAACAUUUGAUAAUAUUAUUCAUACAAAUCGUCAUGUUUGUGCCCAAUUUGGUCGCCAAAAUCAACAAAUUUGUCAAUUUGGUGGUCGUUGUAAUGAUCAAUCCAGUAAUGAUAAAUCAACGAUAUGGAUUUUUGAUUCAAAAUCAUCAAAAUGGUUUCAAACAAAAAUCAAUGGUCUUGAAACUAAUCGUCAUUCAAUGGCAUACACUACAUUUCAAAAUCAUUCAAUAUUAUUAAAUGGUGGUAUUGAUUGUGAUAAUAAUAAUUUUUUACCUUCAAGUAAUGAAAAUUAUAUCGAACUUAUCGAUAGUCGACAGGCUAAUGUUGAAAAAUUUUUAAUAAAAAAUUUAGAUGAAAAAUUCUAUUCACAUCAGAUGAAAAUUAUGGCCAAUGAUGAUGAUGAUCAUAGAAUAUUGAUGAUCGGUGGUAUUGGUAAUCGAAAAAUUUCCAAUCAAAUUAAUCAAAUUGAUUUUCGUUCAAUGAAAAUCUAUUCGACCAAACACAUUGAUAUCAUCGAUAAUAAUCAGCUAUUAAUGUUGCACAAUUUUAGCUGUGAAUUAAUCAAAACAAGCGAAAACAGCAAUUAUUUAUGGACAAUUGGUGGUGGUGGUAAUUGUUUUUCAUUUGGUACACAUUUUAAUCCAAUUUUAUCAUUAAAAAUUGAUUGAUUUUUUGAUUUUUGAA